CGGGCCAAGUCCCGGUGCUGGGCCAAGUCCCGGUGCUGCGAAAGGUGUGGGCAGCCAGGGCGAGUGCGCUAGGGUUGGGCGUCUUUGCUGUUGCUGUCGCCGUUCCUCUCCUCUUCGGCUCUUCCUCUCCUCGCAUUUCGGUCUUCUUGGGUUCCAUCCGACGUCUUCCUCUACCCCCUCUGUUCUAUCAGGUGCCUUAUGGCGGUCGGCGUGCUCGCACUGCAGGGUUCUUUUAAGGAACACAUAGCAGCGCUGAGGAGAAUCGGGGUUAAGGGAGUGGAGAUAAGGAAGCCGGAGCAGCUGAAUAAUGUCGACUACCUCAUCAUCCCUGGCGGCGAGAGCACCACGAUGGCCAAGCUCGCUGAUUACCACAACCUCUUUAAUGCAUUGCAAGAGUUUGUAAGUACUGGAAAGCCUGUGUGGGGAACUUGUGCAGGGCUAAUUUUCUUGGCAAACAAGGCAGUUGGGCAGAAGUCAGGAGGACAAAAGCUUAUUGGGGGGCUGGACUGCGUUGUCCACCGAAAUUUCUUUGGUAGCCAGCUUCAGAGCUUUGAGACACAACUGGCAGUGCCCAAGCUUGCAGAGAAGGAAGGGGGCCCUGAUAGCUUCCGUGGAGUGUUUAUACGUGCCCCGGCCAUCCUAGAAGCAGGACCAGAUGUUGAAGUACUAGCUGAUUGUCCUGUUCCUUCUGAUAAUGCAAGGACUACAAUACCUGCUGCUGAAGGCAAGAAGGAGAAAGUGAUCGUUGCAGUAAGGCAAGGGAACUUGCUCGGAACAGCUUUUCACCCUGAGUUGACUUCUGACUCGCGGUGGCACAGUCUCUUUUUAAAAAUGGGAAAAGAGGCAGGUGAAAGAAACUUGAUGUCUGCAGAUGAGAGCCAUUUAGAAGAUUGUCAGGAGAAAAUGCCUCAUGAUCUUCCCAUAUUUGAAUAAUGCUGAUCUUAUAGCUGUAGAUGUUUAAAGUUUUUCUUCCUAUAUUUGAAUAAUGCGUUUAAAGUUUUUCAUGCCAAUUUUUUGUCCAUCUCUAGCAGCUUUUCAAUGAAUUGUUCCUAUCAAAAGAUGAAUACAUGUUAAGCAAUUGAUUAUUUAACUAUCUGCUGUUCAAGUUGAGGAAGCUUUGCUUUUAAUAUGG